AUGAUUGCUUCUUUCACUUUAAAACAAUUGUCAUAUCAGUCUCUGUUCUUCGAUAUGUUAUAUUGUGCAAGAUGUGGCACUGAUUGGGACCAUAAAGAUGGCAAUCUAUUGAUUGAAGCGGAUAGACUUUUAAGACCAGGCGGAUACUUUGUCUGGACAUUACCACUUACCAAUGCUCGUAAUAAGGAGAAUCAACAACAGAAAUCUUGGUUCUCGCCCUUUGUUUCGAUUGAAAAAUGGGAAGAGUGGCCUUCUCAGGCUAAUUUGAACAAGAAUGAGCUAGCCAUACAUGGAUUGCUGUCUGAUGAAUUUGUUGAGGAUUCUGACAGUUGGAAAUCUGUUAUUCAAAAUUAUUGGUCACUCCUUUCGCCUCUAAUAUUUUCUGAUCAUCUAAAGAGACCUGGUGACGAGGAUCCUUCGCCAUCUUACAACAUGUUCAGAAAUAUCUAG